AUGUAUCUCCGACGAGCAGUAUCUACUUUGCAAAGGAGACUCCGUUAUUCGUCUCAAACAGUCACUGCUACUUCAUGCGGAAGAACUACCAAUUCUCUGCCCAAUUCCGGCAAAACAAUAUUUCUGAGUCAAUCUUAUUCUGGGGGCGAUACUGGGAGUAGGCGAUGUAGGGAUGCUUUUCAAUGGAUUUUACUAUCUGGACAAGCUGGCAAAACAAUAUUUCUGAGUCAAUCUUAUUCUGGGGGCGAUACUGGGAGUAGGCGAUGUAGGGAUGCUUUUCAAUGGAUUUUACUAUCUGGACAAGCUGACUAUGGGAGAGUAAGGGCUAUAUAUGCAAAACCUUGA